GCUGGGCUUUAGGUAUGAAAGAACAACAGUACGGCAGGCUGGUGGGACAGAACCGGAGAAACAGAUGAAGAGGAAGAGGGGAGGAAGAGGAGGGAGCGUGGUGAAGUGCUCAUAAGUGUGCGUGUGAAAUCAGAGAGCAGGAGAAGGCUGGGAUUAGUGACAGAGAUGCUGAGAGAGGAUGUAGGGGGCGAGGCUGGGAGAGGUGCUGAGUGCGUGAGGAACAGUGUGUGAACAGAGGGAUGCAGUCAUGUCUCUGUGAGAGGGAGCAGCACAGCAACGGUAACCAUGCUGAGCCCCAAGAUAAAACAGGCACGCCGGGCCCGAUCCAAGAGCAUGGUUCUUGGAGAGCUGUCCCGGCUCUCCAGGCCCUCCUCGCCUCUGGAGCAGGAGAAGGCGCUGAAGGCCGGCUGGUUGAGGAGGCAGCGGAGUAUCAUGAAAAACUGGCAGCUGCGCUGGUUUGUCCUGAGGACCGAAGCUCUGUACUUCUACAAAGACCAGGAUGAAAGUAAAGCGCAGGGUUGCAUUCCUCUUCAGGGCAGUCAGGUUAAUGAAGUUCCAUCCAAUCAGGACGAUCCUGUUCGCCACCUUUUUGUUAUUGUUCCAGGCAGUGCCGGGGAAAAGGAUCGAUCCGGCGUAGGUCAUGAAUCAUUCCUGCUGAUGGCCAACUCACAGAGUGACAUGGAAGAGUGGGUCAGAGCCAUACGUAGAGCUAUAUGGGCUCCACUCGGUGGAGGUGUAUUCGGACAACACCUUGAAGAGACAAUGACAUACGAGGCCCAAUGUGGGACUCCACGAGAGGUCCCAGUGUUGGUCGAACAGUGUGCCUGCUUCAUACGUGAGCAUGGACUCAAGGAAGAGGGCCUUUUCAGGGCUCCCGGGCAGACGAAUCACGUCCGAGAGCUGCAGGAUGCCUUUGAUCGUGGCGAGAAGCCAGUGUUUGACAGUUCCACGGAUGUCCACACAGUGGCAUCACUGCUGAAGCUGUACAUACGAGAGCUGCCAGAGCCUAUAAUUCCAUUCUCCAAAUACACUCAAUUUCUCUCUUGUGCUCAGCUUCUUAACAAGGAUAAAGAAAUGGGCAUUGCAGAGUUAAGGAAACAGGUGAAAUCCCUUCCUCUGGUCAACUACAACCUCAUUAAAUACAUCUGCAAGUUUCUUGAUGAGGUCCAGUCCUACUCCAAUGACAAUAAAAUGAGUGUUCAGAACCUGGCUACAGUGUUUGGACCCAACAUCCUUCGGGCCCGAGUGGAGGAUCCCAUCACAAUGAUGGAGGGAAGCUCGCAGGUGCAGCAACUGAUGACUGUGCUGAUAAGUGAACACUCCCAGCUUUACUCAAAUGAAACACCUGGAGUUGAGACUCUGCCGCCUCAGGAUAUCCAGCGUUUCAAGGUGGAAUGGCUUCCACAGGAAAACACAGACACUUCUUCAUCCGUCAGCUCAGGAAACCCUAGAGAGACAUCUCGAUCUUCCAGCCCUUCUACGGACAGUAAACUCAUCACGUCAAGCCUUGUUCCGGUGGGGAAGAUUGAGGAAACCUGCAAUGAGGGGAAAGGCAAAAGCCAGUCAGAUGAGAAACUGGACAAAAGUGCAGACUGCAAACUAGAAGGACAAAGUGAAGUAGAUGUCAGUCCUAGCAAACAGUUUAAAGCCCUGCCAUCCUGGAAAGGCUCAUUCAAGGGCAGCGGAGCCUCUGGAGGGCUGAAGGGGAAAAUAGGGGGCUCUGCAGGAGACGUGUCAGCAGCUGGUGGGAGCAAGUGGCUGAUGAAUGGCUUGUCAUCCUUACGAGCACACAGGCGAACAACCUCUUCUGGUGAAAAAGUGAAGGAUGCCCAAGCAUCUCUGAAGGAUUCAACACUUUCCCUUAAAGACACCCCUCUUUCACUUAAGGACACACACAGAGACCCUGAUGACAACUUUUCUCAAGCAUCCCUGUCUCACAGAAUCUUGCACCCGUCCCACAGACUCUCUGCCUACGACAACGUCGCCCCUUCCAGCCUAAGCCUGCCUGCUGACAAUUCACCCAUCUGGACGUCCUAUGAGAUCUCACUGUUGGAGCCAGGGGGAAGUGAUAAAGCACUGACACCAGACCAGAAUAAAGAGAGGCCCACAGAGGCGAGUGAUGGAACAGACACCUUAGAUGACAGUGCAAGUGUCAAUGAAGUGGAGGUCACAGGAACAAAUGAGGACGUGGCAAGCAGACUGACCAAACUGAAGCAGGAGUUGAAGAAACAGAAAAUCAACUAUGAAACCUGCAUUCGCAAGCUGGAGGAAUCCUGUUCUAUGUACCAGUCACAGAUAAACCACCUGGAAGAGGAGCUGGAUCAAGAGAAGAAGAAGUAUCACAUGCUGGAGAUCCGACUGAGGAACUCAGAACGAGCACAUCAAGACGCGGAAAACCGAAACGUUCUCCUCCAGCAGGAGAUGGAGGAAUUCUUCAAGACGCUUGGUGAUCUAACAACAGGAGCAUUACGGACCAAAUGAGCAGACCACCGCACCUUUGUGUGGUUAGAGGGGAGCACGGACACUGGGAAGACCAACCAGCUCAGAAACCUUUAAGACUUCACACCUGUAGUGCUAAAUGCCCUCUUUAGAAUGGCUGUCCUGUGCCUGCACUGACUCAUGUUGGUGCCAAACAAGAACUUCACUGGACCAAGAACCUUUUAUUUGCCAUUCCAUAGAAUCUCUUAGCAUUAUACAUUAUAUGUCCAACUGUUUCAUCACUAAAUGUGUCCACGAAGACCAGUAAAGCCUUACGGUAAUUUAUUGUAGUAUUCACAUAUUUAUACUUAAAUGUAGGAGUGGACAAUACGAGAUGUGAAAUCUUUAUUUGUUGGAACAGAAGUUUCCGAUGUACAUGGACUGAGUCUGCUGAAGAAAUGUCAGAGCCAAAGGUUGAAAUUUUUGCAACCGUGGUUCUAAAAUUUCAGACUGGUCAACUCUCAGCCAAACCCUCAGAAGAGCGUCCCAAAGGCGCCGAAUGCCUUUAUUGUAUAACAUUUGAGGCUUGAACAGAUGCUUAAAGAGAACUCCUGUGUGGCUCCAUUCCACUGGUUCCAUUUUUCAGAAAUUACAGGACAAGAAAAGAAAAGGAGGUCAGGAAAGUUAGUGAGGGGGAGGGCCUUAAUCCCCAAACUCUGGGUUAAUGCUGAGGUUAUUUCAUCCUAGCUAAGACAAGGUAAAAAAAUGAAAUCUAGAGUGAUCUAACAUAUUUAAAAGUUACCACGGCAGCCUGGUUCUUAAUUCUGAGGUGUUCAGAUCGAGCACUUACCAUAUUAUUUAUGAGUUUACCACACAAAGAGAAGAAACUAAAUGCAUAUAAAUGGUACUUUAGAAGAACCUGUAUGUUUCAAAAAAUAUAUAUAGCUUGAAUUAAACUGAAAACAAAUUUAUUUUGUCAUUCUUUCAAAUCAUUUCAAGCCUGACGCUGCAUCUUCAAGUGUGUGAGUGUGUGAGGUAGACCUCAAAAUAAGAAAAUAAAAAGAAGAGUGCCUGCCACAGAGGACAAAAACACGAGUAAGGGCACUUCAAAAUAAAUCUCAACAGUAGAGCGUUGUGAAUCAUGUCCGACAGACACAGCCAAAAAAGAUUUUUUGAUUUGGAUUUAGUUUCUGAUAACAAUCCCUAACAACAGCACACCAUGUAGCCAGUGGAAGGGCCAAUAAAAACUGUUUUACAGGAGUAACAGCUCCAUCUCUUUUCUUUUACAUUCACCUUUUUCUCACUCAUCUAGACGACCUGAAAAUCACCAUGAAGCUAAAAUACAGUCAGUUUACAGUAUUAUACAGUGCAAAAAGAAAAUUCUGGACUGUGAAAAUCCAUACGGACAUAAUUUAAAAAUAAAUACUUCAAUAUACUAAUAUCUACUUUAUACCUACAAAAAAAAUCAAUGUAGAAAAAUGAAAUAAAACCA